GACUCGGGUGCAACCGUAGUAUGGCGGCAAAACAACGCUGAACAAGAUGCUGAAGCAAUCCAUGGUGCCAUAAAAGGUUGGGGAACCAACGAGGGGAAACUCAUCGAGAUCCUAGGAACCAGAACAAGUCAUCAGAGGAAAGAGAUUUCAGCUGCAUAUAACCGAAAAUACGGAAACCCUAACGAUCCUGGAAGAUCGGCAAUAAUAGAUGAUCUGGAAGGCGAUACAAAAGGUACAUUCGAAGAUAUUCUGGUGCAACUCACAUAUUCGAUAGAAGAGCUGUUGGCGAAAGAAAUACACGAGUCGUUGCAUAGGCGGAAAGAUUGGACUUUUCUGGAAAUAAUUUGCACAAGUGAUAAGAACAUGCUGGAUCGAAUCAGAGCGGCUUACGUUGCAG